AUGUCAAUCCCAGCUAUGAAGGUCUCAGAAGAACUUUCUUUAGAUCCAACUGCCCCUCCUACGGUGCAAGGUAUAACUAAUACUUUGGCUGGGGCUUCCUUGGCCGACCAGUCGUCCACGUCUACUGCAUCUACCAACACUCCCAAUGCUCCCGGGACAGCACCCGCACAAUCCCAUGAACAAGUCGUCACGCCUUGGGAUGUUCAAGGAUCCGUGGGCCAGGACGGACAACAAAAUGCUAUCGAUUACGACAAGUUAAUACAGCAAUUCGGGACGAAAAGGAUUGAUGAAGCUCUGUUAGAAAGGUUUGAAAGAUUGACGGGAAAGAAACCUCAUGUGUUUUUGAGGAGGGGAAUGUUCUUUUCGCAUAGGGAGUUUGACAAAAUACUUGAUCGAUAUGAGCAAGGUAAACCGUUUUUCUUGUAUACUGGACGAGGGCCUAGUAGCGACAGUAUGCAUUUGGGGCAUAUGGUUCCGUUUGUUUUCACGAAAUGGCUCCAGGACGUAUUUGAGGCACCCUUGGUUGUCCAGCUGACAGACGACGAAAAGUUCCUGUUCAAGCACGAGCUAAAAGUAGAGCAAACCAAGCUCUUCGCUCGACAGAAUGCAAAGGACAUCAUUGCAUGUGGAUUCAAUCUGAACAAAACAUUCAUAUUCAGCAAUUAUGACUUUGUUGGUGGACCUUUCUACGAAAAUGUUUCGAAGAUCUCGAGGCAAAUCACUUACAGUCAAGCAAAAGCAACGUUCGGAUUUACUGAUUCCGAUAACGUCGGUAAAAUCCAUUUUGUGGCCAUUCAAGCCGCCCCAUCGUUCUCGAACUCCUUCCCCCAGAUUUUCGGCACCCAAACCAACAUCCCCACAUUAAUCCCAUGCGCUAUCGAUCAAGAUCCGUAUUUCCGACUCACCCGCGACGUGGCUCAAAAACUCAAGUAUCCUAAACCCAGUUUGAUCCACUCCAUGUUUUUCCCGGCUCUGCAAGGUCCACAAACGAAAAUGAGUGCGAGCGAUCCGAAUAGCAGCAUCUUUAUGACAGAUACGAAGUCACAGAUCAAGAAUAAGGUGAACAGACAUGGGUUUUCGGGCGGCCAGGAGACAGAGGAGGAGCAUCGGAGGCUUGGCGGGAACACAGAGGUUGAUGUUGCAUACCAAUAUUUGACGUUCUUUCUGGACGAUGAUGAUGAGCUGGCGAAGAUGGGUGAAGAUUAUCGUGCCGGACGCCUGUUAACCGGUCAACUGAAAGCGAGGUGUAUAGAAGUCUUGCAGAAGUUCGUCGGUGAAUUCCAAGAGCGAAGGGCCAAAGUUACAGAGGAGGAUGUCACCGCGUUUAUGGACAAGUUGAGAAUGAUUGAUCCUUCUGUUGGCAAGGCUGCACUUGCUUCAGCGACAUGA